AUGGAUGGAUACGAGAAGCUACGUCCCGUUGGUCGACUGGAGCAAUAUUCAACAUCUCGUCACCAAGUGGGAUUCUAUGUGAACGUCGCUGUAGCGGCAACAUACCAUUUACCGGAUACAUACGUGCUCCCAGUGAAAGACUAUGUCUAUCAAGCCUGUGAAGCCGCAAUUGCUGAACAUCCGGCUCUAUCCGCCAUCGUAGCAGACGAUCACACACAAGAUCCAUACUUCGUGCGUCUGCCACAACUAGAUCUUGACCGGAUUGUCUCUAUGCAAGACCGCAAGCCUGGUCUGUUGGCCACUGAAGCUAACGGCGAGCCCGCCCCGGAUCUCGAUCUACAAACGCUCCUGGCAACAGAGCACAACACGCCCUUCAAAACACCUGAUGCUUCCUGGAGACUCCGAAUCCUCCUGGACAUAGAAGAUGAGUGCCAGUUUACUGUGGUGUUUAUAUUCCACCACGCCAUUGGCGAUGGGACCUCCGGGAAAGCAUUCCAUCAGACUUUCCUGCGCGCCCUAGAUUCAAUAGGUGACUCGGAGAAGACGAAGUCGGUCAUUGACUCGCCGCCGAAUCCACUCCUGCCCAACAUUGAGCGUAUCUCAUCGAUGUCGCUUUCCUUCACGUAUCUCGCCAAGAAACUCUUCCAGGCGAAGAUCUACUCCCGUCGCCCAGCAGGGCUAUGGUCGGGCUCGAAGAUCAUGGGUCCGUCGCAGACUCGUGUCCGGCUGGUUCCAUUUUCCAAGUUACUGGUCUCCGCCGUUAGGGAUCUCUGCCGAGCCCAGAAAACAACGAUGACAGCUCUGCUGCAGACGGUCGUGGCUCGCGCACUUUUUGCCAACAUUCCAGAUUCUUUCACGCAACUUGUCUGUACUGGCGCGCUAUCAUGCCGUCGUUGGCUGCCAGAGAUCACCGAUGAAAUGAUUGGCGUGUGGGUUCAGGGCUUCGAAGAGUCGUAUACGCGAGAUGCCGUUUCAGCUCUAUGGGACGAAGCUAGGCGGUCUCGAAAGACCAUCGAAUCCGUUCUGAAAAUGAAGGGCAAGGACUCCAGUAUCAAUCUCCUACAAUUUGUUGAUGACUAUCAGGAGGAGUUGUGUUUGUCCAAGAUUGGCAAAGACCGAGAGACCAGCUUUGAGGUCUCCAAUGUUGGCUUUGUUCCUCCACAGAUGAAUGCGGACAAGCCUGCUAUUCAUGGCAUGGUGUUCUCACAGUCUGCUAGUGUCAUGGGUAAUGCUGUUGAAUUUUCCGCUGCUACGGGUGGUGAUGGGUGUUUGGUGUUGUCCGUUUCAUGGCAGCAGGGUGUUGUGGAGCCGGACUUGAUCAAUGAGGUUGUGGAGUCCAUUAAGCAGGACCUUUGUGCUCUCGCUGAGGUCUCAUGA